AUGGCCUCCUCAACGUCGAACACCAUUCAGACCUCGGACACGGACACAGACAUGGACGCCACCCAGGUCAGCGUUCAGCCAGUCGACACCGUCGCCGAGGACCGUGCCGAGCAGAGCCAGCGCGCAGAGGACGUCUUCGCGAGUUCACCAGCGAGCGGCGCGCAGAGCACGCAGGCUGCUGCCAGUGGUUCGGGACGACGGCUCCCCGUACGCGCUUCUACCCCGGACACUGUUUCGGCUGCAGACCAGGCAUGCAGCGGCAUAAGGCGGGGGCCUUCUUCUACUGGGCUGGCACCAGACACAUCUGAGAAGGAGGAGCGCGCAUCUUACACCGCGACGUUCACCAAGCCAAUGGGCAAGCGCCACCGAGGCGAGAAGUCGGCGUCCGAGGGCACUCACACGGUGACCAGCACCACUGUACGACCCUCGGACCGUCGUAAGAAGAAGCCGAAGAAAUCAAAACCAUCAUUCAUUACUCGUUUGCUGCAUUUCUGUAUUCCGUGCAUAGGUAGGUCGAACCACGAAGAUGUAGACGUUUCAGACGAGGAUGGCUCGUACACCAAGGAGAAACAGGCCAUAACGGAUGUACAGCCGUCGCGCGAGUCUUCCACGUCUACUACAGUGUCACCGCCCGAAAAUGUCGUCCCUCCUACUCCGGUGGAGACUUCGGACGUUGUUAUAGCGCCAAAGCAACUUCUUCCUCACUCAGAAACAGAUGGUCUCACGUCCGGUGCGGUGCAGCCUCCAGGAUCUACAGGACACGAUGUAACACACGAACUCCACCCACAUGUGAAAGACUCUGGUGACGAAUCGGACAGCUCGAUGUCGGAGGAUGAAGUAUCACAGGAUCUCAUACACGUGGAAGAGUUUGAUGAUGAGGAGCAGAGGCUCAUCCGUCAGGGAGGAGCCGGUAUCCCUAUUGGCCCUGAUGGGAAGAAGAUGCCUCUCUUGCCCCCCAUUGCUCUGGAACAUUUGGGGCGCAAGUGCCUUGUGGUUGAUCUUGACGAGACUCUUGUACAUAGUAGUCUGAAGGCGGUGCCAUCACCCGAUUAUGUUGUUCCAGUGGAGAUUGAGUCCUUUUGGCAUAACUUCUAUGUACUAAAGCGGCCUGGGGUCGACGGCUUCCUUCAGAAGAUGGGGGAGAUAUACGAGGUAGUAGUUUUUACGGCAAGUCUGAGCAAGUACGCGGAUCCAGUAUUGGAUAGACUAGACCCGCACCGAUCCGUCGCACAUCGGUUGUUUCGGGAAAGUUGCUACAACCAUCGAGGUAACUAUGUCAAGGAUCUAUCACAAUUGGGUCGACCCAUAGGCGAUACGAUCAUUCUCGACAACUCACCCGCGUCUUACAUCUUCCAUCCAUACAACGCUGUGCCUAUCUCGUCGUGGUUCAAUGACCCCCAUGAUACUGAGCUCACCGACCUCUGUCCCUUCCUUACCGAUCUCGGCGCACUUCCUGUAGACGUGCGAGGAAUCCUCGACCCGUCCAUAUAG